UUUUUAAAAAAAAGGGUGGCAGCAGAGUGAUCUUGUGUUUUUUUAGAUGCUCAAGCAUUGAGCUGCUACGCAUUUUGAUGGAGUCCACCACUAAAUCUCUUCACUUUUCCCUAUACAAAUUUUACCACUCCAACUCCACAAGCCCUCUUCCCCAAUUCAACCAUCUUCAUUUCAAAUUCCCUCCCAUUUCCACUUUUCGCCUUCAAGCUUCGAGACGCAUUUCCAAUUUUUCUCAGGAUGGUGAUGAUUUGAUCGGCGAUUCUCGAAAUUGGAGCCGUCAUCGAGGCUCAGGCAACAUAGUAACCGGAGAUCCUGAUGAAGAUGAAGACGAUGAAGACGAAGAAGAGGAAGAUCGAAGUUUGGAUCUACUCGUUAAAUUUAUACAGAACGUUUUCAAGAAGCUCUCUCGAAAAGCUAGAAAAGCUGUUCGCUCCGUGUUGCCUGAUUCAAUUUCUAGUCAAUUGGUGUCAUUUUCUGUAAACGGAGUUAUAAUUUUGACAUUUUUGUGGCUAUCAAAGGCAGUUCUUGAGGUAUUUUGCACCCUUGGGAGUGUACUUUUUGCUAGUAUCUUACUUAUUCGAGGAGUAUGGACAGGCAUAUCAUACUUACAAAAUAAUGGCAACCUUAGAACAGAUGAUGAUGAUGGUCGUGCAUGGAGUGGAAUGCAACCUACAAGUUAACUGGCUGGACAAUGAGAUCCCAUAGUAUUAUUCCUGCAUAACUGGUAAGUAGCUCAUGGAGAUAACAAGAAGUUGAGGAACUACAAUGUCCAAUAAUGGCUACUCUGAUUUUAUUCGAAAAGAAAUUUCCUAAUACAAUAAUUGGGUUAAGGCCAUUUGAAUGAAAUCCCACAAGGUCAAAGCUGGAUAAUUUGUCCUGUUUUAGGUCUAUACGGACUGUGUUUGUAACUAGGACGUCAACUUCACUUGACAAAAUUUAAACAUGGAGCACCAAACCAGAGAAAUGUAGCAUACUUGUUUACUUGGUCACCAUACAUAUUUAUUUUGCUUAUGAUGUGCCCAUAAGGACUUUGAUCACGUCCAGUAAACACUAGCACUGCUUGCCAUGUUAUGUUUUAGAUAUAUUUUUGGUCAACUUGCAGAAAGCAGAGGAACAUCGAGGCUGUAAUCACAAUUGACAAUGAGAUGGCCUUGCUGGUUCCGACUCCAUCAGUGUGAUUGAUUCUACAGAAAACAUUUGACAUCAAUCGACACUGAUGGAGUACCAUUUAUAGCAAUUACUAUGUAAAUCUGCAAUAUGUAAAAAAAAAAAAA